UUUGUUGUCUUGUCUCCAUGAUGCAUGACAGCGGUUCUCUGUGUGUCUUGUUCUAGCUUUUGCUCUGCAUGCCUUCAGGAAUGUCUGAAACCGAAGAAACCUGUCUGUGGGGUAUGUCGAAGCGCUCUGGCCCCUGGCGUCCGAGCUGCGGAGCUUGAGCGGCAGCUUGAGAGCACAGAAACUUCUUGCCAUGGCUGCCAUAAAAAUUUCUUCCUGUCUAAGAUCCGGGCCCACGUGGUUACCUGCUCCAAAUACCAGAAUUACAUCAUGGAAGGCGUGAAGGCCACCACUAAGGAUGCAUCCCUUCAGGCGAGGAAUAUCCCUAACCGUUACACUUUUCCUUGCCCUUAUUGUCCUGAGAAGAACUUUGACCAGGAAGGACUUGUGGAGCACUGCAAACUAUUCCAUAGUACAGAUACCAAGUCUGUGGUUUGUCCGAUAUGUGCCUCGAUGCCCUGGGGAGACCCCAACUACCGCAGCGCCAACUUCAUAGAGCACAUCCAGCGCCGGCACCAGUUCUCUUAUGACACCUUUGUGGAUUAUGAUGUGGAUGAAGAGGACAUGAUGAACCAGGUGCUGCAGCGCUCCAUCAUGGACCAGUGAGCCGUUGCUGCAGUGCAUCUCCCGCCCCAGAGCUUCCACGGGUAACUUUGGACUCCUCCAGUGAACAGCAAACUUGGGAGUGAGCCUGGGCGCGAAGGAUGACUGACAGAGAAAUGGGGCCCGAGGUCAGAGCCCCUCUUUCCUUGGGCUCUUACCAAAGCUGUCUUCCCUUCCUGUUCACCUUGUUUGCCCCACUAGCCCCACGGGCUCGUUCUCUUAAUCCUCAGCAACUUCCUGGAGCUCUUGCCACCAUGUCUCCAGCGCUACCUGUUCAUUUCACGCUCGCCCUCCCAUUCAGUAUCCUCCCUCAGGUCCUCCGAACCAGCCAGGACCUCUUCUGGGCCACAAAGAGCACAAAUGAGACCAGCA